GUCCCGGACCCCUCCCCCAGGUCCGCAGAGCGGCCCUGGGCAGGUCCCCUCGAGCCCCGCGGGCAUGCUCAGGCUCCUGGCGCUGCUGUUCCCGCUGCUGCCGCCGCCCGCGCGCGCCCGGGAGCUCUCCGCGCAGGACGUGAGCCUGGGAGUGGACUGGCUGACCCGCUAUGGCUAUCUGCCACCACCCCACCCUGCCCAAGCCCAGCUGCAGAGCCGUGAAAAGCUGAGGGAUGCUAUCAAGGUCAUGCAGAGGUUUGCUGGGCUGCCUGAGACAGGCCUCCUGGACCCAGUGACGAUGGCCACCAUGCAGAGGCCCCGCUGCUCCCUGCCCGACGUGCUGGGGGUGGCGGAGCUGGUCAGGCGCCGCCGCCGGUACGCUCUGAGCGGCAGCACGUGGAGGAAGCGAACCCUGACGUGGAGGGUACGCUCCUUCCCGCAGAGCUCAGCACUGACCCAGGAGACGGUGCGGACCCUCAUGCACCAUGCCCUGACCACCUGGGGCAUUGAGUCAGGCCUCAAAUUCCAGGAGCUGGUUUCUCAGGACCCAACAGAGCCCGACAUCCUCAUCGACUUUGCCCGGGCAUACCACCAGGACAGUUACCCCUUCGACGGGCAGGGAGGUACCCUAGCCCAUGCCUUCUUCCCCGGGGAACACCCCAUCUCUGGGGACACUCACUUUGAUGACGAGGAGACAUGGACUUAUGGGUCAAAAGAUGGUGAGGGGACUGACCUGUUUGCUGUGGCUGUCCAUGAGUUUGGCCACGCCCUGGGCCUGGGCCACUCCUCAGCACCCAACUCAAUUAUGAGGCCCUUUUACCAGGGCCCCGUGGGCGACCCCCACAAGUACCGCUUGUCCCAGGAUGACCGUGAAGGCCUGCAGCAACUCUACGGGAAGGUGCCCCAAACCCCAUAUGACAAGCCCACAAGGAAACCCCUGGCUCCUCCUCCCCCGCCCCCUGCCGUGCCCCCGGACAGCCCCUCUCUUCCCAUCCCUGACCGAUGUGAUGGCAAUUUUGACGCUGUCGCUAACAUCCGUGGGGAAAUCUUCUUCUUCAAAGGCCCCUGGUUCUGGCGCCUGCAGCCCUCGGGACAGCUGGUGUCCCCCCGGCCCGCCCGGCUCCACCGCUUCUGGGAGGGGCUGCCCGCCCAGGUCAAGGUCAUCCAGGCCGCCUACGCCCGGCAUCCGGACGGCCGCAUCCUCCUCUUCAGCGGCCCCCAGUUCUGGGUGUUCCAGGACCGGCAGCUGGAGGGCGCCCCGCGGCCGCUCACGGAGCUGGGGCUGCCGGCGGGAGAGGAGGUGGACGCCGUGUUCUCGUGGCCGCUGAACGGGAAGACCUACCUGAUCCGCGGCCGGCGCUACUGGCGCUACGACGAGGCGGCGGCGCGCCCGGACCCCGGCUACCCCCGCGACCUGGGUCUCUGGGAAGGGGCGCCUCACGCCCCGGACGAUGUCACCGUCAGCAACACAGGUGACACCUACUUCUUCAAGGGCGCCCACUACUGGCGCUUCCCCAAGGGCAGCGUCAAGGCCGAGCCCGAGGCCCCCCAACCCAUGGGCCCCAAGUGGCUGGACUGCCCGGCCCCCAGCGCUGGCCCACGCAUCCCCAGGCCCCCCAAAGCGACCCUGGAACCUGGGACCUGCGAUUGUUCGUGCGAGAUCAAUCACGCCCCAGGGCGGCCGUCGCUGUCCUUCCUGCUGUCCCUUCUGGCCGUGCUGGUGGGGGGCGUCGCCUCCCGUUAAGGGGGACGGGUCUCCCAUCGCGGGUCUGUGUGUGUGUGUGUGUGUGUAUGGGGGGGGUGUCGU